AAAUUAGUUUAAUACUGUGGUUCUCACAUUGAAGUUAACUUGGGUUCUAUUUUUUAUAAAUGUCGCGUCCAGGAACAAAAGAAUUUUAUGAUGAAUUUCCUAUUAGUGAUACAGAUACACGAAUCGAUGAAACAAUAGCUGAAAUCGCUAUUAGUGAAACUGGUUUUGGAAAGUUUAGUGUCAAAGUAACGAUAAUAUGUUACUUAAUUUAUUUAAAUAUGAGUCUGGGAGUCAUCUCCACUGGAUUUGUACUUCCGGCAGCUGCCUGUGAUCUUAACAUGAAUAUCAUGGACAAAAGUUUAUUUGGCACGGUAUUCUUCGUCGGUUCAUGUUUUAGUGCAGUGAUUAGUGGAUUUUUAGCGAAUCUUAAAGGUCGAAAAUGGAUUUUGUUGGUAGCAUUAUUUGUUCAAGGAAAUUCUGAUUUUUUACAAUCAGUUCUACCUAAUUAUUAUAUUAUGUUGUGUUUGAAAUUUUUAUCUGGAGCUGGAUCAGCAGGACAGAAUAUUGUCUUCACUUAUUUGAGUGAAUGUCUCCCAUUGAAGAAUAGACAAUUUUUAUUAUCAAAUAUGGGAUAUUUUUGGACACUUGGACAUGCUUUUACAGCUGCUGUAGGAUUGGGUAUAAUUCCUCAAAAAUUUGGCAUUGAGAAAUCAUAUUUUACCUUUCAUUCUUGGAAUCUUUAUAUUUUAAUUUGUUCAUUACCUGCAUUUCUACUUGGAUUUUGUUUAAUAUUUAUGCCAGAAACACCAAAAUUUUUAGCUGAAAGGGGAUCGAGAGAAAAAUUACUACAAGUCCUCAUUUACAUGUACGAGCAAAAUGUGGGGAAAUCGGGAAAGGAGUACAUAGAAAAAUUAUUGAGUAGUGGAAAUAUUGCUCUUGUAGAAUUGGCGAAGAAAAAUAAUAAAAAAGUGAAAGAUUCAAAUAAAGAAAAAUUUGUAAUUGAGAAGAUUUUUAAUGAACUGAAUCAAUUGCAAUGUAUUUUUAAAUCGCCCCUUUUAAAAAAUACUCUACUUGCAUGUUUCACUGCAUUUACUGUCACUUCUUCUUAUUAUGUAUUCUAUCUUUGGUUACCAGAAAUUUUUCAAAGAUUCGCAAAUUUUCAAGCAGGAAAUAAAGAAAAAAAUUCUAAUUUUUGUACUAUUUCACGCGAUUCUUCUUUUUCUGCCCAAAAAAUGCACAUCUGUGACACACCAAUUGAUAAAAAUAUAUUUAUUAACAAUUUAAUUUUGUCUGCAUCUUGUUUUCCGACAAUGAUCAUUGUAACAUUAUUGGUGAAACGUUGUGGAUUAAAAAUAUUAUUAGCUACAAGUUGCACAUUAUGUACGGUUGUAAUUAUUGGUAUUUAUUUUUCAAACUCAUUUCUUCAAAAUUUAAUUUUACUAUGUAUCUACCUAUCUUUAACUACCACGAACAUGAGUAUUAUAUUUGCAUAUUUCGUAUCAAUUUUUCCUACAAAUUUCAGAUCUUCGGGUAUUAUUGUUACAAGUUUACUGGUCCGUAUAGGAGCGAUAUUUGGCAAUUUUAUUUUCAGUGUUCUUAAAGACGAAUGUUUUUAUUUUAUUUUAUUAACAUGCCUAUUGCUAAUAGUUGCAGCAGUAUCAACAAUUUUAAUUCGCGAGAGAAAAGAUAGAUAGAAUAAUUAUGAUAUAUACUUAAUAAAUAUACUUAAUAAAAUUAUAAUUUAUUAUUUUAUUUUGUUGAUUUUCAUAACAUAUAACUUUUUUAUUUAUAAUAAAAAAAUAAUUCAAUUUGAAAAAUGGAAAUUAAUAUUUAUUAAUUAAUAAUUAAUAAUAUGAAUAAAUUUUAAUUAACGUAAAUUUUUGUGCCAU